AUGUCCGACGAUCAGCGCCCAGCGAAGCGUGUUCGACAGGCUUGUGAGCCAUGUCGACGCAAAAAGUCGCGCUGUCCUGGAGAGAAACCAGUAUGCUCCUUUUGCGAACGACUGGGUCAGCAAUGCAUAUAUGCCCCAGGCGAGGGUGAAAUGCCGGCAGUGGAUAUUGCGAAACGGUUAUCAAGUGUCGAGGACAAGCUGGAGGAGCUGACUCGAAGCCUCAGUCGACCGAACUCAACUCCGGAGGUUUCAGUUUCAGUUUCACGUCCGGCCCUCGUGCAGCAACAGAGCGAGCACGGGUAUGAGCAGCCAAAUUUGCAGCAGAAUGAUCUCUCAACCGUUGCACAUCUCUUUCUAACCUGCUGCAACUACCAGCCGCUCCCGCUCUUCCAUCCGGAUGGGUUCGUUGAAACGCUAGCGGGCCGCGACCCCGAACUGAUCCUGGCAAUCCAUGCUGUUGGUCUGCGGUUUGGGCGUAGCCCUGAUGGCAGUGAUCUGCGCCCUUAUAUCGCGGACUGUGCGCGCAGAGCGCGAACUCUUGUGAUGGAGCGUGUUGGCCGGGGGCCUUUGGAGCUUUCGACCUUGCAGACGCUCUGUCUUUUGGCAUUGUUUGAUUUCACCGCGGGCAAUACCGUUCAAGCUGGGUUGCAUUUGAACAUGGCGACGUAUUUGGCUCAGACUGCCAAUACGGCCGGAGAGACUCUGGGCGCGUUGUCUUCUGACCCGGAUGAGAAACGGCGAUGCCUUUGGAGUAUCUAUCUCCUUCAAAACCUUCAAGGGGAUGGGGUGCAAUUGGCUCGACUUAUUGCGGGUGUGCGGACCCCCUUUGAUACAGGAUCGGGGUUUUCACCUACCUAUGACUUAGGUUCCAUGCCAGAAACAGCGCCACUUAGUUCUUCGAAAGAAGAUCUUGACCUGGUCUCCUAUGCGAUUCAAGUGGGCGAGGUUUGGUCCAUGGCCAUGGCGUACGCUGCGAGUCGAGUCGAACCUGAUGCACCCGCGCCGUGGUCACCACGCUCCGACUAUUCCAUCGUCACGUACCGCCACAUGGAAUUCGAUAGCCAGGUACCUCUGAAGUAUCGUUACGACGCCAACAGGUUCCACGAGCACCGCCUACACGAGUUGAAUCAGCGUCGCGACUAUUGGGGCCCGUGGCUGUUCACACAGUUCCUCUACCUAGCUAUCCCGUGCCUUCUGAACCACCCAUUUCUGUUAUCAAGGAGGCUGCGCAGCUUCCGACAUACCAUGCCGCAGUCCUUUAUCCGACAGUCAUUUGAGACCAUUACCAACAAUGCCGCGUGGAUCCUGCAUUUGAUUGAUCUGAUUGAGCACAAAGGUUUCGAGGUCUGCGACCCAACGCUUGCUCACUGUGUGCUUAUCGUGGCUACGAUCCACCUCCAGCAUAGUUUCGUCGAGGACCCGAGCUUUCGAGAGAAAGCGCGAAGGGGGUUUACCAAGUGCGUCCGAUUUCUUCAUCCGUUGGCACAGCGGUGGCCACACGUCCAAAACAUGAUUGACCGACUUACUCGACUACGAGAGAACGUCUCCGCAGGGGACCCUCAAGCAUCCCACUCUCGGCAAGCAUGGACCACUAACGCCCAGCUUCUAUGGGAACUUUUAGUCUACGACCGUGCAAGCCGAUAUCCUCUACCGAGCCAACUGCUCGGAUCGACACUCUCAGAUUCCUCGGGGCGACUGACAGCUCGGAUGACCCCAGACCCAAAUUUCCCUUUGGUAGGAUCGGCGGGGAUCACUGGGCACAAAACGGUUGCCAAAGAGAUCUACACGCACCCUCCAGAGACUGUUACAACACCACCAGCUGUCCAGGCCGAAGCGCCGGCAGCGGCUGUACCUUCGAUAGAUCUCGACCCGUUCGGUAUGAUUGGAGACCCCACACUGGAGGGAAUAACGGACCACAUGUUUUUAGAACCCGAGAGUUAUGGCCGGGCAAUUGAAGAUUGGUGGGAAGGCGAUGCCUUGAUCUAG